AUGUGCAACAGCACUACUUGCUACCAUGCCCUCCCCAUGCUUCGCGGGCUGAGCGGCCGCCGCAGUCGCGCACGAGCUUCAAGGGAAUCCCGCAAUCGUUCCAAUAACACCCUCUUGUACUUCAUUCUCGCCGUCAUCGUCUUCGAAGAAGUGACCCAAGUGGUCGCAGGUCGCGAUUACUACGACAUUCUUGGCGUAUCCCGCGACGCCGAUUCUUCCACUAUCAAACGCGCAUUCCGCAAGCUCGCUGUCAAGUACCAUCCAGACAAAAACCCCGGUGACAAAACGGCAGAGAAGAUGUACGUUGAGCUCAACAAUGCUUAUGAAGUCCUUGGCGACAACUCAAAACGACAACGCUAUGACAUGUACGGCGAAGACGGCCUAAAGGGUGGGGAGCAGGAUGGCGACGCCGACGAUUUCUUCUUUAACCCGUUCGGACGUCGAAACCGUCAGAGGGAAAGACGCGUUCCAGACGUCUCUGUUCCGCUCAGCGUUAGUCUUGAAAUGCUGUAUAAUGGCGGCGUUAUGGAAGUCUCUCAUAAGAAGCGAGUAAUUUGCUCCAGGUGGUCAGACUGCGAGAGCAAAUGCACCAAGUGUGGGGGUAGCGGUAUGAUCAUAACAACGAGACGGUUAGGACCGGGCUUCGUACAACAGAUGCAGCAGACCUGUCCAACGUGUGGAGGAACGGGCAAGAUCGGAAAACCGAACUGCAAGUCUUGUCCGAAGGGACAAUUCGAGCAAGUCGAAAAAAUGCUUCUCAUUGAUAUAGAAAAAGGUAUGAGAAAUGGACAAACUAUCACCUUUGAUGGUCAGACCGAUGAGAAGCCGGAUCAUUAUCCAGGUAAUCUUCAUUUUGAAAUCGACACCAAAGAACAUGACCGGUUUCAGCGCGAUGGAAAUGAUCUUCACUAUUAUCUGGAUAUCAACUUGUCUGAGGCACUUGUCGGGGUCGAUCGCAUUGUCCGGCAGCUGGAUGGGAGAGAGGUGAGCAUCCAAACUCGCGGAGUGAUCAGCCCCAAAGAGAGAGUCGUCAUUGAGGGAGAGGGUAUGCCUGCGUUUGACGGUGUAGGGAGAGGCAACUUGGUUGUCGAGUUUUGGGUCCAGUUUCCGGAGACUCUGACAGACGAGCAGAGGAAGGGUGUCAUCGAAAUACUAGGAAAGCCGCCUACAAAAGAUGAAACAGGGGACGGAACUAGCAGUGCUAGCGAAUCCGCAGACACCGAAAAAACAGAGUUGUAG